ACAUGGUUCAAUCCUGAAAGCUUCUCAGAGUUUGUUGCAAUUGUUCUCAUCAAAAUGAGGUUCUCAUUAUCAUUUAUGCUUGUAAUUGUUGUUGGAAUAUAUAGUUAUAUCAUGUGUGAGGCUAGAGAGCCUAUAUGUUCGAAAUUUGCAUAUGAAGAACAGCUUUUAGAGAAAAUGAUAAGAACUGAAAUUAAGGUAGAAACAAUGGUGAAUGAAGUUAAGAAAACUGAGGAUAAUGUCAUCAGUACGUUAGGCUACAUUAAACGAGCAGUUUCAGAUUUUACGGACAUGUUUGCGGAUAUGAAGGGAAACAUAUCGGACGAACUGUUAAAGCGAAGCGAUGAGAUCAAAAGGAGGGAAGAAUCCUUCAAGAAAUUAUUUGAGGAGACAAGAACAAACCUCACGAGUGACAUGGAAGCUGAAAGAGAAGAACUUACUCAACUAAAAGGAUCCUUCAAGAACUUAUUUGAUGAGACAAGAACCAACCUCACGAGUGAUAUGGAAGCUAAAAGAGAAGAACUUACUGAACUUCAAGGAAAACUUGAACGACCUCCGAUCGCUUUCCAUGCACAUCACGUGACAGAUUUGGUUCUUGAUAAAAAAGAUGAGAUUGUUAUAUUUACGAAAAGUGUGAUUAACGAGGGAACAGGUUAUGACACUUCCACUGGGAUUUUUACAGCGCCCGUUGGAGGACUGUACCAGUUUAUUGUUCAUACAUGUACUUAUUAUACAAAAUAUGCCUUUAUUGGUCUGGUGUUGGAAGAUAACGUUAUUGCAACAAGUUCAAACUAUGAUGAGGAUCAUUACACAUGUAGUACUGUUGGGGCAAUAGUAAGAGUAAAACCGGCAGAAAAAGUUUGGGUCAAAUCAACAUGGUCAGCUCAUAACCGCCGGCUAGAACAAGACUCAUAUAGAAUGAACACAUUUAGUGGAAUACUUGUCAAUAAUUGAAUGAAUAAUUCAUUCAACUUUGUUUCUGGCAUUAUUUAUCUGAUAUUUUACAAAUAUUCAUACAAUGAUGAUCGUAUGUGACGAAUAUUUUGAUUACCAGUCUUCAAAAAGAUUUUGCUAUGUUUAUCAGUAAACUUAAACAACUAUAUUGUCGCGUUUUCAAAUAAACAUGACAUGUAUACAUUUGUUCUUCUUGUAUGUUUUUUAUUAUCAAUAUCAUCUGAUGAAUAUCACGCGCUAUUAUAAGAUGAAUAUCAAAAAACAUCAAUAUUUGUAUCUUAUUCCUUACUUUGAAACUCUGUUCACCAACUGAUAAUUUACUGCAUUAGUUUGUUAUGGUAUAUUUUAGCUGGAUACAUAUUAUCCCAUGUUUAAAUAACUUUGGGAGGAAACAAUGAGAUGCAUGUGUGUCUGAAUGUUUUUGCAAUGACAGACAAGUGUUAAAAACCUAAAUGUAAUUAGCAAAUUUUACAGUUAAAAAAUAUGUCUCAAAUUUAUAAUGAUGUAAUGAAGAACAUGCAUUUUUUACGAAUAGUUUGGAAAUUUAUAUUUUUGUUCAUUUAAAAAAUAAUAAUCACAUACCAUGGGCGCUUUUGUGACUCAUUGAAAAUGUUUUUUCACGGCUGUACUGUGGUCGUUUGCGUUAUACAACACAUAAUAGAACAAAACAGAAAUUUAAUUAUUUGGUUUAGGAAUAACAAGCUCAUAUUACAUAAAUAUAUACAUAGACAAAGACAUCAUAUAAUACAUAAAUGACACAUGACAUUGUUAUAUCGGUUACAUGUCCCUGGGGACCGAGAACCCAGAAAACAACACAGUGUACGUUUAUUCACCACGAGCGAC